GGGGUCGCUCACUUCUUCCACCAGGCUGUGGAUGACGUCAAGAAAGGUUACAUCAAAGCAGAGGAGAAAUCCUACCAGCUCCAGAAGCUCUGUGAGCAGAGGAAGAUGGUGAUGUACCUGAACAUGCUGAGGACGUGUGAGGGCUACAACGAGAUCCUGUUCCCUCACUGCUCCUGCGACUCCCGGCGCAAGGGUCACGUCAUCACGGCCAUCAGCAUCCAGCACUUCAAACUGCACGCCUGCACCGAGGAGGGGUCUCCCCAGAACCAGGUGAUCGCCUUCUCGUGGGAGGAGAUGCAGCGCUGGGACACGGACGAGGAGGGCAUGGCCUUCUGCUUCGAGUACGCGCGGGGCGAGAAGAAACCGCGCUGGGUCAAGAUCUUCACCCCCUACUUCAAUUACAUGCACGAGUGCUUCGAGCGAGUCUUCUGCGAGCUCAAGUGGCGCAAGGAGGUGAGAGACAAUUCCCGAUUUUUCCUUGGGAUCCGGGAAUUCCAGAGGGGGCUGGAGGCCUUAAACAGAGCUCCCCUGGUUGGGAAUGUUUGGGAAUAAUCCUGGGAAUGUGGG